AUGUCUGUGCUUCAGUUUGCCAUUAAAGAUGUCAACAACCUUCACAAAGAAAAAUUAGCUGUAAAACAGGCAUUUAUAUCAGAUGACGUUGACGUCACAUGUUUGGGAUCGCUGGCACGUUACAUACAAUCUCAAGAACUUAAACACCUGACAGAAAAACAGACAGCUUUGUUCACUUCACAAAUACUUGAAGGUUUAGACUAUCUUCACAGGCACAAAAUUAUACACAGAGAUAUCAAAGCUUCAAACAUAUUGAUGAAAACAGAUUUUGAAGUACAAAUAUCAGAUUUUGGAGUGGCGAAGAUUUUAAACACAUUUUCCAAAUCACAUACAAAAGGAACUGGAACAUGUCAUUGGAUGGCACCAGAAAUACUUCAAGAAGUUCCAUAUGACAGUAAAGUAGAUAUAUGGAGUCUGGGUUGUACGGUGUAUCAGAUGAUUACAGGGAAGCAACCUUUUAGUGAGCUAACUGAGCAGCAGAUGAUUGUAAGAGCACUUAAAAAUGAGCUUCAGUUGUCUUCUCCUGAACAAAUAUCCCUUAAACUCAAAGACAUUCUACGUCUGAUGUGCAUGAAAAAUCCAACAGAAAGACCGAAUGCAUCCGAGUUAAUGAACCACACAUUUAUCACGGGGAAAAACUAA